CAAGUUUCAGGUGGAACGUAAUGGUCGACGUUUCUUAUGAAUCUCUCCUAGAUAUCUGUGUCUCGGCUGCAAUGACUUCGAUUAGAAAUAUGAAUUAUGAUCAGAUCGGAGAACUGCUGAAUAAUGAUGCUGAAAAGAAAAUUGAUGAUAUCAUCGACAACAUAUCACAGGUUCGAACUUUGCCUACCGAACGUGAAAUGGGCCUUGUGCAGAAUAAAUCUCUCGCCGAAUGGAAUUUAUCACAAGAACCGAAGAUUGAAGAAGCCAAAAGGCGGUUACGAACCACUUAUGAAGAAGCUGUCAAAGUUAAAGACGAAGUUAUGGAACUUAAAGAAAAAUUGAAUUCGUUGUCGGAAGAAAGAUCGCUGGACACAUCGACCGCAUUGCUGCAAGCCGCUGCACAAUCUGCUGAUGACGAAAGCGAGGCGAUCGCCAAUCGAUAUUUGAGCGGUGAGAUAGAAGUUGACCAGUUCUUGAAAGAAUUCAUUGAAAAGAAGACUCUUGCUCAUAUGAGAAAAAUCAAAGCCGACAAACUGUCAGUAAUUCUACGACAGCAACAAUAUCCGCAACAGCCGAGUUCGAACUUCAGGACGUCACCAUACCUUACAAAAGGUGCUGGAUUGUACCCACAGCCUGUUAGUUCACCAUCAUUCCGUCAGUCAUUCUGGUACUGAAUCGAUGUUAAUAUAAUUUAUACAGUGAUAUAUCGUGUUGAGUUUAUCGGGUGCUUAAUAUUUUAUAACCGAGUUGGGUUUUGAAUUUCCAAAAUU